UAUUACCCUUCGCCGCCUUUUUCUGAUUCUUGCAUCUCAAUCCAUAACAAUCUCUCAGAUCAAGGGUUGCGAUUAAUACCCAAUUUUGUGUUACCUUUUCUGUUUUCGGCGUUCGAUUUCGAUUUUGAAGCCCUAUUUUCGGUUAUUGUUCUCUACUAUUUUCACUUACUCGCCUGAAGAAAAACAUCAGUUUGAAGCUGAGAAAUAAACAUGGCCGGUGGUGCGAAUUUCAUGCAAAGGGUUCUCUCUUACGUCGUAAACGAGGUUGUUGUCAAUGGUCUUGCCAACAGCCCAGCAUUUCAGAGGUUUGCAGUGAGGACAUCAAAAAGAAUUGAAGAUAUCUCUAGCAAAGCUAUUCAGAAGAGGCAGGAGAUAAUUGAGCAGGUCAAGGACAUUUCGGAGGACAUCUCAGAGUCACUCAAGAAGCGGUGAUUAUGGAGUUCUACAUUGCUGAGGUUUAUGGACUUGAGGUUCUCUGUAAAUUUGUUUAGGUUUCUUCCAGUUUGAUUGGUGAACUGAGAACUGGAUUAGGAUUUCAUCUAAUAUUAUUGUUUCUUCCAUUUGAAACUAUUGAAGAUUGAUGGUUUGGACUGUAUUGACAUAGAAAUAUGCAAGAGUUGUAACAGCUGAUUGGGAUUUUUUCCCUCCUUUUUUAUUGCACCCUAGGGCGCAUGCCUAAUAUUAAUAUAAAAUCCAAACCAAAACAAA